GGGAGGUGAAAGCUGGCUGACGAAGAACAUUUCAGCAAUCCGCAUGGUACGAGAGAAGGACAUAUGCUGGGAAUACGCGGAGAAAUUAGAUGGUAACAAGGUGAGAUGCAAGUUUUGCUCUCGAGUUCUGAAUGGCGGCAUCAGCAGGUUGAAGCAUCAUCUCUCUCGGCUCCCUAGUAAAGGCGUGAAUCCAUGUGCCAAGGUUCGGGACGAUGUAACCGAUAGAGUCCGAUCCAUAUUAUCUGCCAAGGACGAUGCUAAAGAAUCCCCCAUCACCAACAAGCACAAGACUCCCGACGCCAAACCUUUGCCUGCUCCUCUUCCCUUAGAUGCUUUGUCUUCUGCUUCCAGACUGUUUCCUACCGUCCUUGUACCAAUUGCAAACGCCCAGGAGGUUGCAGAGAGGAGCAUUUCUCUUUUCUUCUUUGAGAACAAGAUUGACUUUGGCGUUGCCCGCUCGUCGUCUUAUCACCACAUGCUCGAUGCCAUUGCAAAGUGUGGCCCUGGAUUCGUUGCUCCUUCCGCGCUCUCUCUCAAGGCUGAGUGGGUCGACAGGUGUUUGAACUUGAUUUUAGAAGAUUUCUCCAAGGUAGAUUGGGUCAACCAAUGCAUAUUGCAAGCGCAGGGGAUAGCUAAGUUUGUGUACAACAAUAGCUCCGUGCUAGAUUUGCUGAAGAAGUUGACAGGUGGGCAAGAUAUAAUCAGAAGCGGUGUCACAAGGUCUGUUACUAGUUUUUUAUCGUUACAUUCAAUGAUGAAGCAAAAAGCAAGGCUAAAACAAAUGUUUACUAGCCCAGAGUACUCCACACACGCUAAUAAACCACAUAGCAUAUCAUGUGUUGAGGAUAAUGAGUUUUGGAGAGCUAUAUUCACUUUCACAAGGGCGAAAGGAAUGUUCGGGUGUAAUCUGGCGAUGGAGGCUAGAGAUACAGUAUCACCAGGUCUGUGGUGGGAGCAGUUUGGGGACUCAGCACCCGUGUUGCAGCGCGUGGCAAUCAGGAUACUGAGUCAGGUUUGCAGCGGUUACAGCUUGGAACGCCAAUGGGGCACAUUCCAGCAGAUGCACUGGGAAAGGCGAAACAAGAUGGACAGAGAAAUGCUUAACAACUUGGCGUACGUGAAUCAGAAUCUCAAGUUAGGGACAAGUAUAACCUUGGAGACUGACCCGAUUGCUGUGGAGGACAUCGACAUGAUGUCGGAGUGGGUGGAAGAGGCAGAGAAUCCCAGUCCUGCCCAGUGGCUCGACCGGUUUGGCUCUGCGCUUGAUGGAGGGGACUUGAAUACCAGGCAGUUUGGCGGUGCUAUAUUCAGUGCCACCGACCAUAACAUCUUCGCAAAACUGCGAUCAGAGAGAAUGGCGUCGUACCGGCCGCCGCAUCCCCCUCCUCCUCUCCCACCGCCGUCUCAAAGUCCUUUACCACCUCCGCCCCCUCCGCCGUCGUUACCCCCUCCUGUUCCUCCCCCACCGCCAUCGCAUCAGCCUUACUCUUAUCCUCCGCCGCCUCCCCCUCCGCAUGCUUACUACCAGCAGCAGUCUCACUAUCCUCAACAGUUCAACCAGCAUCAAGCUCCUCCGCAUCCUCCUCCCACUUCUCCUCCUCCUCCUCCUCCUCCUCCCUCAGCUCCUCCUCCUCUCGUACCCGAUCCUCCUCCUCGAAACCAAGCGCCCAAUGACCGCGACAAAAAGCCGAUUUCUGCAUCUGCAAGGCGGGAGCGUGCUCACGGAGUUCCAUCGAAGCACCACAGGCCUCAUCUUCCCCAUAUUAAAAAUCCCAGUGUCAAAAUCGAGACCGAAGAAGAGAGGAGGCUUAGGAAGAAGAGGGAGCUAGAGAAGCAAAGGCAAGAAGAGAAGCUUAGACAGCAGAUGAAAAGUUCUCACAAGUCUCAGAUUCCCAAGGGACACACCUCCGUUGUUGGAUCUCGCGCGGAGGAGAGGAAGCCUACGCCUCUACUCACCACCGACAGGGUCGAGAAUAGGUUAAAGAAACCAACCACCUUCAUCUGCAAGCUCAAGUUCCGGAAUGAGCUUCCUGACCCAACUGCACAGCUUAAGCUUAUGACCAUUAAGCGAGAUAAAGAUCAAUUUACAAAGUAUACCAUCACAUCGCUGGAGAAAUUAUGGAAACCAAAAAUCUUUGUGGAGCCUGAUCUUGGAAUACCCUUGGAUCUGCUUGACCUAAGUGUGUACAACCCACCCAAAGUCAAGGCACCUCUUGCCCCUGAAGAUGAAGAACUGUUGCGUGAUGAUGAUGCUGUAACACCUAUUAAGAAAGAUGGCAUCAGGAGAAAAGAAAGACCAACUGAUAAAGGUGUUUCCUGGCUCGUGAAAACACAAUACAUUUCUUCAAUUAAUAAUGAAUCUGCACGACAGUCUCUAACUGAGAAACAAGCAAAGGAGCUGCGAGAGAUGAAAGGAGGCAUCAACAUCCUGCAAAAUCUUAACAAUAGGGAGAGACAGAUCAAGGAUAUCGAAGCAUCCUUCGAGGCAUGCAAAUCUCGACCAGUUCAUGCCACCAAUAAAAACUUGCAGCCGGUUGAAGUUUUACCACUAUUGCCACAUUUUGAUAGGUACGAUGAGCAGUUUGUGGUAGCGAAUUUUGAUAGUGCUCCUACAGCUGAUUCUGAAUCCUUUGGCAAGUUGAACCCUUCAAUUCGUGAUGAAUAUGAGUCACGGGCCAUUUUGAAAAGCUAUGUGGUGGGUGGAUCAGACACUGGCAAUCCAGAAAAAUUUCUGGCGUACAUGGUUCCUUCCUUGGAUGAGUUGUCCAAGGAUAUGCAUGAUGAAAACGAAGAUAUCUCUUACACUUGGGUUCGCGAAUACAACUGGGAUGUAGGUGGCGAUGAUGCAAACGAUCGUGGCACAUACCUGGUAUCAUUCGACGAUGGGACUGCUAGCUAUCUGCCCCUACUCACAAAGCUCAACUUGAGGAAGAGAAGGGCCAGGGAAGGAAGAUCUUCUGAUGAGGUUGAACACUUUCCGGUACCUUCAAGGGUGACUGUAAGGCGCAGAUCGGCUGUAUCAGUGAUAGAACAUAAAGAUUCCGGGGUUUAUACAAAUUCUAGGGUUGGUGCUUCGAGCUCCAAGAUGAGAAGGUUAGAGGACGAAGAAGGCCUUGGUAGAUCUUGGAAACACCAGCCGGAACAAGAUACCAAUCAAUAUAGCGAUGGUAAUGAGGAUGAUUAUUCUGAAUGAAUGUGUGCCUUUUUAUGGUGUACUUCAAACUAUUCAUUCUGUUUUCCAACUGUGUGUAAAGUAUAUCCUGCAAGGCUACUUGUAUGCUAAUUUAAAGCUCAUAAUUUGACUAGUUAGGAAAAUAUUAGUUAAGAGGUUCAUAAUUUGAAAAGUUACAAAAACUUAAUUACGUCUCCGACCUAUCUGGCCUCAAUCCUAGUGUGAAUUGCCAAGUUGCCA